AAAGACUGGAAGGAGAAGUAAACAUGAAAACAGGAUUUCAGCUGUAAAUUGUAUGGUACAUUUGUAUUUACAAUUAUAGGGUCUAGUCCUAAUUAUAAUCAAAUAAUAAACUAUGUCUGUAAACUAUGCAUCGGGGCUGUCGCCGUAUGAGCAUAAAGGCAAGUGCGGUCAACCAGAAAAAAUUGAUUCACCCGAGGAAGUAGCAGUAAAAAUGAACAAAUUAAUUGAACUAGUGAAAUCUAGCAAAAAAAUCGUAGUUCAUACUGGUGCUGGUAUCAGCACAUCAGCAGGGAUACCAGAUUUUAGGGGCCCAAAUGGUAAGUGUCAGAAGCUAGAAAUUGUUUGUUACUUUUUUUUUGGUUUAAAUUGGGAAUAAUUUCUUAACGAAUAUUUAAGUUUGAGUCUCUUAGCAUUCUUAAUAAAUAAUAGUCUUAAACUUACUCUUCACUCUCAGGAGUAAAACUAGAGUCAGCAGAGUGAGUGGUCCAGUAGAGUUUUUUUCCACCACUUUCCACAGCUCUUGUUCUUAAUAACUUAUUUUUCAUUUUAGGGCUGCUUUGACUCUGAGCUCCAGCUAAGUUUUAAUUCUUUAAAAAGCUUCAUAUAAUACUGAUAUAUAACUAUAGACUCUAUAGUCUCUAUAUAUAGUUCAGCAUUAAAUUAUUUUGAUUAAAAUGUUUAACUUAGAUUUUUCUAUUUUUUUUUUUUUUUACUGUCUAUAUCCUAUACUGUAUACUCAUAAUAAUAAUAAUAUCGGUACUACCAUAUGGGAAUCGGGUUGAAACCAGGAUUUAUUACCAUGUCAAACUUAGUCUAUGACUAUGAAAGUAGGUAUCACCAGUGAUGUGCCGGUGGUUAAGGGGUUAUAAACGGAGUGAGGGGCCAUCCAUAAAUGAUAUGCAUCUAGUAAGGACGGGAGUGACAAAAUUUUGGGAUGGUCUAUGAAUGUGACAGUUCUUCUAGAGUUAAAUUUGCCUCACAGGAGUUAGACUUUGAUUCCUUUUAUAAUUUUUUCGCUACCCUUCUUAGCUCUAUAAUUCUAUCUACCUUUAAAAGUAGAACAAAAUUCUCAGGACCUAAAUAUUUCUAAAUAACGGUGAAGUGAUAUUGGAGAGAUGCUCAGGUAGCUCUAUCCUGAAUGUAUCACUGAUCACAUAUCUUUAUUCUUUAACAGGAGUUUGGACUUUGGAGAAAAGAGGUGAAACUCCUAAACUUGAUGUCACUUUUGACUCGGCUCAAGCAACAUUUACACAUAUGGCAUUGGUUGCACUUGAGAAAGCUGGUAUUAUGCUAAUAUUAUUUAGAAUUAAUUAGAUGUCAGUUUAUUAAUUUAAGACUUUAAAAUACAUAUUUAUAAAUAUUUUUUACAAUGAAUCUUAUCUCUUUUACAUAUACUGUAGGGGCUGAACUAAUUGCUUUGGCUAACAAUAAAGUAGGUUACCUCAUCUAUUUGGUACUACCAUAAAACAAGCAAGUCAACAGCAAGCAUCACAUCUUGCCAAAUGACCCUGCCGGUCAUAAUUGUAAGCAAGGAAAAAUGUACAGCUCAGUACUGACUAAGGGUUUGGGGGGUGGGGGGAAGUCACACUAAGUGCAUCGCUCUUUAAAAAAUUGUCCCCAAUUCUUGAAGAGAUAGCUUAGUCUGAUAGAAAGUUUUAAAUCCAAUUUUAUAAGUUAACAUUGACACCUACCUAGCUGCUAUAGCCUUAAUAUCAGACCUGUCUUCCAGUCUUUAUCAUAAGCCUGCUGAAAGACAAAAAUAUUGCCACUGCAUGGUGGUCUAAACAAAACAGACUACCUGGUCCAUCGGCUGUCUUAACCUGCAGAAGCCAGAUUAGCUUACUUUGAUGCUCUUGAUGAUUGUGAGCUACAAAUCAAAUAAAAAAAAUAAAUUAUUUGAAUGUAAUAUUUGGCUCUUGAUGUAUUUAAGGUAUAGUGAGCUAUGUAGUGAGCCAAAAUAUUGAUGGACUUCAUGUUAGAUCUGGUUUCCCUCGAAAUCGAUUGUCAGAACUUCACGGAAAUAUGUUUGUGGAGGAAUGCAACAAAUGUGGUCAUCAGGUGAGCUUCACUUUUAAUAUUUAAUUAUAUAGCAAAAUACGGCAGUGCAUUAUGAGCAUAAAGAAAAUUCAUUAAAAUAACCAAAACUUCAACAUCCUUCUCAAUAAUAAUUUUUAAGCCUUAUCAUUUUAUUUAAACUUUGAAAAACAUUAACCGUAAAAUACCUAACUUUACAUUUACCUAGUUUAGAGUAAGAUGGAAGUAUUUAAAAUGUAUCCCAAUAAAUUAUAUAAUCAGUUUGGCUGUCAAUUUAUAUGCAACAAAACAUCCAUUUUGUGCAUUUGAGUCUUCUGUAUGAUGAUUACAUUAGCUAGACAUGAAGAAUUUGUGUCAAUAUAACAAUAUAAGUGAAGUUUUAAUAAUAAUUUUAUAUUAUUUUAUAUAUAUUUAUAUAAGUGUAUGAAUGCCGAGAGGAAUGCGUCUCCGAGGAAACUUGGGGUGUCCUCAUGGGGUUUGCCUCUUUGUGGCGUGGCAGACUAGUGGGGAGGUACUGUUCUUCCGGAACAAAAAAACACGGCCGACCACAUGACUCCCAACACAACGGGAGUAGUAACGUCGUAACAUGAUUACUUGUUGCCGUUGAAGGAUAUAAGGCUUGGGUGGCAGUUAAAACCCAUGCCGAUGAUUUUAGCUACGCGACCAUGAGAAAGCCGCUCCUAGGCAAUCGUUUCGUCCCAGCUUUCCGUCCCGACCGAAAGACUCCCUGGGCAGUGGGGGGAGGUAACGCCACACCUUUUCCCCUGGAGUGGAAGCAAACCCGGCGUCUGGCCUGUGUGGAGGUGUGCCGGGGGGUGGUGCAUUAAGAGCUUGCGCUCGACGGCCCACUGACACCAUUUCCCCAUGUGACGUAUAAACAUGUCAUAAUACAUUAUUUCACUUCAAACAUCAUGACUGCAUUGGUGAAAGUAAAAUGCACAACGGUUAUGAUUAUUUCUGCAAAAAUCCUUCUUUAAACUGAUUGAACAGACCAUUUGGCCUUACAUGUACUAGAUAUACAUUCAACAGCAGAAGUAAACCUCGGAAGUUUUCAUGUUUUUCCAUUAACAGUACAUAAGAAAACACAGUGUAGCCACCAUGGCCAGAAAUCUUACUGGAGGGUGUUGCUCUCAGAAAAAGUCUCGUGGAACAUGCAGGUAGAUUCACAGAGAUUUACAUUUUAUUUACCUAUACAGAAUUAUAUAAGGUACCUUCAUAACUUAUCAUAGCAAAUGGUAAUCAACGUCUGCUCCCAUCACUUCUUAUUUCAAUUUAAUUUGCGUUUUUAUUAUGUUUUUAAAUGUUAUUUGUGUGGUUAUGAAACGUUAUAUGGUUUUGCAAAUUUAAUUUGUUUUAAGAUUUGGCUUGUUAGAUGAACAAUAAGUAACAAAGGACUGAAAACCAGCAUACAAAGCAAAAAUAAUAUCAAAGCUAGUUAUUAACAAUAUGCAAUUUAAUUAUACUAUUAAAUUUUAAUAGAAAUAAAAAAUCAAAUUUACAGAAAUAAAAGCUAUAUUAACUUACAGCAAGUGAAAAAGUAUAAUACUUGAAAGAUACAAAUAUUAAUAUACACACACAAAGAGUAAAACCUUUUAAGGCUCCUAUAAGUAUAGUAUUAUCAAAUCAUUCAUCCAUCCAAGUCUCGGUCUGCCUUUGAGCAAUUUUCCUCUGGAGUUUUGGUGGUGCACCCUCUACACUCCACUGUCAUUUGGAAUUCUUUCUAAGUGUCCAGCCCAUUGCAGUCUGCCCUUUUUAUUUCUGCUACUAUCAUGGGAUCCUGAUAUAGACUAUACAAUGCCUGAUUGGUUCAUACUCUCCAUCCAUAUUUAUCCUUUGUUGGUCCAUAUAUUUUCCGGAGAACUUUUCUCUCUUAUGUCUUUAAUAGCUUUUCAGCCAUUUUUGUUAGGGUCCAAGUUUUACUGGCAUAUGUUACUACUGGUCUUAUUAAAGUUUUCUAUACAUUUUUUGUUUGUUUUUGUUACCAUGUUUUUACUUUUGAGUAUUAUUUAAAUCCUGAAGUAUGCCUUUUUUCUGGCCAAUAAUCUUUCUUUUACUUCUGUUAGUAAUUAAUUUCUUUCUUUUAAUAAAGAUUCUAGAUGUUUGAGUUGAUCUACUUUUUCUAAAGUGCGGCUUCUAAUUUUAAUGGUUUCAUCUGUCUGUUCUUCUUUUAUCAUAUUCAUGUAUUUUGUUUUUUGGUUGUUAGCUUCCAGCCCUGUUUGUACCGAUGCAUCUUCUAAUUCAAUAAAGGCUUUUGAUAUAUCUUUACUAUUUUUUCCCUAACAAUGCUUUGUCAUCAGCAUGUGCAGAAUACUGAAGGGGUUGAUUUUAGAGAGUGCCGAUUGGUUGUGGGUCUUGUCUCUCCCUCAGAAAUUAUCUUUCUAUUGUUCCUCGGGUAUCAAUGUGUAUGUUUUUUAUAAUUCUCUCUCUAAAGUCAGGUUAAAUAGCGUACAAGACUGUCAGUCUCCUUGCCUAAUCUGAAAUUCCCUUGAAUACCCUCCCUGAACCUUGAUUUUGCUUUUUGAGUUGUUUGAUGUUGCAUGUAUCAGUCUGCUGGGCAUGCCAAACUCCUGCAGAGCUGAUUUUCUGGGAUAUUAUAUUCUUAUCGUUUCUCUAAUAGGCAUCUGAUGGUGCAAAUCUGAUCAGUCAUUGCUGAAUCCACAUUGGUAGUCACCUAGUAAUUGUUCUGUAUACAGUUGUAGUUGUAGUCUUUUGGCAAUUAGUUUUGUCAGUAUUUUGUCUGUAACAUUUAAUAAGGAAAUUCCUCUGUAGUUUUUACAUUGAAGUUUGGAACCUUUCUUGUGUAUUGGGGUUAUUAGUGCUGUUUCCCAUUCUGUUGGAAUUUACUCUUCUUGCCAAUUGUAGUUAAAAGUUUAUAUGUCUGAGUGUGUAGUUAUCAUCCUACAUAUUUAAUAAGUUCUGAUUGAUGUCUUCUCCAAGGGCUUUGUAGUUUUUCAUAUAAUUGAUUGCUUCUGUAGUUUCUUCCAAAGUUGGGACAUUUAUUAAAUGGUCUGGUUCUCCUUGUGGUGGUUGAUAAUCUUCAUCUGGUCUAUUGUCUACAUUUAGUAUGCCUUCAAAAUAUUCAUCCCAAAGGCUAUAACAGUUUUGUAAUUAAUUUCAAUGUUUUGUGCAUUUUUUUUUUAAUUGAAAAUUAUUAGUCUUGGUUUUGCACUCUGUACUAAAAUUUCAAAUCAGCACUGAAAAUUGGUCUCAUUUGUAUAUUAGAUUUAUUCAUGCUGCUUAUAUCAGCAAGCCUAUUUUUGUGUCUGUGUGUGUGUGUGAAAAUGUGCUCAAAUUGAUAUUUUUAACAAUAUAAAUGUCCUAAUUCACUUGUCCAUUACACCAUCAUUCACUUGCCCAUGACAUCAUCAUUCACUUGCCCAUGUCACACUUAUUCACUUGCCCAUGACACCAACAUUCACUUGCCCAUGACACCAUAAUUCACUUGCCCAUGACAUCAUCAUUCACUUGCCUAUAAUAAUAAUAAUAAUAAAGUUCAUUUCAAAAACACGCUUCAUCCCCAAAGGCUCGAAGCGCGGUACAAAGUAAAAAAAAACAAAUCUAUAGUUUACCACAUUUAAAACAAACGCAACACGACAAAAACUAAGUACAAGCAUACAAUGGCAAAGUCUUUCUAGCCAUUUCAACCAUAAGCAACACAGCCAUUAUGCAUUAACUGGAAAAUAAUGUUGACAAUUUCAUCCCAGAAGGUGUUUGCGAAAUAGAUGUGUCUUUAAAUCGGUUUUAAAGGACUCCAGUGUCUGGUUGUUUCUGAGAUCGACAGGAAGGGCGUUCCAAAUUAGUGGACCAGCAAAUGCGAAAGUGCGCUUUCCGUAAGUCUCAAGACAAACACGUGGUGUCGAGAGUUUGCCACUAUCGGAUGAGCGGACACCAUAUAAAUGUCCUAAUUCACUUGCCCAUGACACCAUCAUUCACUUGCCCAUGACACCAUCAUUCACUUGCCCAUGACACCAUCAUUUACUUGCCCAUGACACCAUCAUUCACUUGCCCAUGACACCAUCAUUGACUUGCCCAUGACACCAUCAUUCACUAUGGUGAAGAAAAAUCCGUUUAAAGGCUGACAAUGGUUAUUAAAUUUUUCUUAAGCAGUUUGAUAAUUGUAAUUUUAACUUCAAAAUGAUAAAAAUAAUUCAAUUGAUUAUCAGUAAACUGUUAAAAUGUGUACUAUGAAUAUUUUACCAUAAAUACUGUUUGCAUUAUAUUUAUUAGUGAUAAGAUAAUGCAUAUUAAAUGAUUUCUUUAAUGAGCAAAACUAAUAAAAAUUGAUUUUAGUGAUAUCAUUGUGUUUAUAAUUAAGAUAUAUCAUGAAGGUUUGAAUAAUUCCAACCGAUUUAUUUUUCAGAGGAAAGUUGAUAGACACAAUUCUGGAUUGGGAAGAUUCACUUCCAGAAAGAGAUCUGGAUUCUGCCAAUGAUAAUUGCAGGUUAUUUGUAUAAGUAUAAGGGUAUUAAUACCAAACAUAAUAUAAUUAAGCAUUUUAUCCAAGCAUUGUAUCAUUAUGUUUUGUUGCUAGUAAUAAAAAAACUAUUUAUAUCCUUUGUUUUACUUAAUCAGAAAUUGAAAUCCCUUACUUUUUUUUCUCAACAGAAAAUCAGAUCUGAGCAUUUGUUUAGGGACUUCUUUGCAAAUUGUACCAAGUGGGAAUAUUCCCUUGCUGACCAAAAAGAAUGGUGGCAAGUUAGUCAUAGUAAAUUUGCAGCCAACUAAACAUGACAGAAAAGCAGAUUUGAAAAUCUCAGCUUUUGUGGAUGAUGUCAUGAAGUCACUCUGUAAAGCUUUAAACAUUUUGGUUCCAAGAUACCCUGGACCAAAAGUCUGCGUCUCAUCCAUUCACACUCAAAAGUCAGAAAGAGAUUUGGAAAUAAGUGCAGAUCAAGAUUUGUUAGGUGAUCUUGACAUUAAACCAGAAACAAAAAUUGAAUUGAAAGAUGAACCAGAUUCAGACAAGAAAAUGUUCAAAAUGGAACACGUAGAAAGGGUUGAUUUAAAACGUGAAGUGAGUGAUGAUUUGGGCAAGGAUUCUGAGCUGCAGUUGAAAAAAUGUAAACAUAUAACAGACACACAAACUAUACUUAAAAACUCUGAAAAGUUAACCCAUGAAAUUAUUAAAUCGUUAUAAAUAAUUAUUUAUAAUUUGAAGGAAAUGAAAGUCAAGAUUAUUGAACAUGAAAUAUGUUUAAAAUGUUUAAAUUAUUUGCAUAUCUUCUUGUUCAUACUAUGCCAGUUAAGGGACAUUGCUGCCACAUAACAUAACCACACAAAAAAUGAUCUCACAAUUCUAAACAAUAUAAAACAAGCAUAUUGAAAAGCAGGGGUAAUAAGGGGAGAGACUGCAAUCAGGUUAGUACAAAAUAAAAUGAGUAAAACAGAG